AUGGCCAAAAGAAACCAAAAUCUCGUGUUUUGCUGCAAACUGUUUUCAGUUCUGCUUCUUCUUAUUGCAGAAAUAAUACAUUUUCCAGAGUGUGUUGAGGCUGCUGGUUCACCUGUUAAGUUUCUUCCAGGAUUUCAAGGGCCACUUCCUUUUGAACUUGAAACUGGAUACAUAGGAGUGGGUGAUUCAGAUGAUGUGCAGCUAUUCUACUACUUCGUUAAAUCUGAGUCUAAUCCAAAAUCAGAUCCUCUUAUUCUAUGGCUAACUGGAGGCCCUGGCUGCUCUGCUUUAUCUGGCCUUCUCUUUGAGAUAGGUCCAAUAACGUUUGAGCCUGUGGAGUACGGUGACUUUAAGCCAGCGGAAUAUAAUGGUAGCUUCCCCUCACUGGUCUUGAAUCCUCAUACCUGGACAAAGGUAGCAAGCUUUAUAUUCUUAGAUCUUCCAGUUGGUACUGGAUUUUCCUAUGCAAGAACUUCAGAGGCUCGUCCAUCAGAUGAUCUUCAAGCUAGUGAUCAUGCAUAUCAAUUUCUACACAAGUGGUUCAAUGAUCACCCAGAAUUCUUAAGAAAUCCAUUUUAUGUUGCUGGGGACUCCUAUGCUGGAAUAGGCAUACCAAUCAUUUCUCAACUCAUAGCAAACGGAAAUGAGAAGGGACUUGAGCCAUUUAUUGAUCUUAAGGGAUAUUUACUGGGAAAUCCGGCGACAUUUCAUGGUGAAUUCAAUUACAGGAUCUCAUAUGCUCAUGGAGUGGGACUUAUAUCUGAUGAACUUUUUGAGUCCUUGAGAAGAAACUGUAAAGGAGAGUAUUUUGACAUACAUCCUAGCAACACAGAAUGUUGGAAUGAUAGGCAGACUUAUGAUCAGAUGCUUGGUGGAAUUACCAAUGCGCACAUUUUGGAGCCCAAGUGUGAGUUUGCUUCGCCAAGGCCACAAAAAUGGAUAGGCCAAAGAAGGUCUCUUGAUGAAAUGUUAUAUCUUGGACGAUUAAGAUGUCGAUUUGACUGGGAAAAGAUCUCUUACCAUUGGGCUGAUGAUGAAAUAGUUAGAGAGGCCCUCCAUGUUCGAAGAGGUAGUAUUGGAAAAUGGAAGCGAUGUGCUGGCGAUGCUUUGCCUUUUCAAAAGAUAGUAGGAAACAGCGUACCAUAUCAUGCAAAUCUCAGUGUCAAAGGCUAUAGGUCCUUAAUAUACAGUGGAGAUCAUGACACGCUGAUCCCUUACACAUCAACGGAAGCUUGGAUAAGAUCUCUUAACUACUCUAUUGUUGAUGAUUGGCGACCAUGGAUUGUUGAUGGUCAAGUUGCCGGGUAUACGAGGACAUAUUCAAAUGAAAUGACAUUUGCCACAGUGAAGGGAGGAGGACAUACAGCUCCAGAGUACAAGCCUGUUGAAUGUCUAGCCAUGCUGAGGAGAUGCUUUAUCCCGUCGCCGAUCGCCGGUACCGGACACACCCCAUUCCCGCCAAAGCCUUGCCGGCGAAUUUUCCGUCAGAUCGAUUCUCUCUCUUAUCUCAACACCGAACUGUAUACAUACACACAAUGCUUGAGCAUAUUCGCCAACAAUACACGGAAAUGGCUAGAAGAAAGGGAAGCUCCGGUCCUUCAGAAAGUCUCGAAUCACUCUGUAGGUGUUCAAGAAAUAAUACAUUUUCCAAAGUGUGUUGAGGCUGCUGGUUCACCUGUUAAGUUUCUUCCAGGAUUCCCAGGGCCACUUCCUUUUGAACUUGAAACUGGGUACAUAGGAGUGGGUGAUUCAGAUGAUGUGCAGCUAUUCUACUACUUCGUUAAAUCUGAGUCUAAUCCAAAAUCAGACCCUCUUAUUCUAUGGCUAACUAGAGGCCCUGACUGCUCUGCUUUAUCUGGCCUUCUCUUUGAGAUAGGCCCAAUAACGUUUGAGCCUGUGGAGUACGGUGACUUUAAGCCAGCGGAAUAUAAUGGUAGCUUACCCUCACUGGUCUUGAAUCCUCAUACAUGGACAAAGGUAACAAGCUUUAUAUUCUUAGAUCUUCCAGUUGGUACUGGAUUUUCCUAUGCAAGAACUUCAGAGGCUCGUCAAUCAGAUGAUCUGCAAGCUAGUCAUCAUGCAUAUCAAUUUCUACACAAGUGGUUCAAUGAUCACCCAGAAUUCUUAAGAAAUCCAUUUUGUGUGGCUGAGGACUCCUAUGCUGGAAUAGGCAUACCAAUCAUUUCUCAACUCAUAGCAACCGGAAAUGAGAAGGGACUUGAGCCAUUUAUUGAUCUUAAGGGAUAUUUACUGGGAAAUCCGGCGACAUUUCAUGGUGAAUUCAAUUACAGGAUCUCAUAUGCUCAUGGAGUGGGACUUAUUUCUGAUGAACUUUUUGAUUGUUUGCAUUGUUUAAUACAAACCUUUUUUUAUUUCACUUAUAUACACUAACAAUGUAAUACAAUUUUUAUACUGUAAUGCAAUUCAACAUGUUUGAAAAAUUAAAUGUCUUAUUUUUUAUGUUGCUAAUCAACUUAUUAUGUG